AUGCUUCUCCCGCCACAGAUCCGCGGCCUCAUCACCGGUAUCUUCCGCAGACAGUCUACAGACUCAACCUCAGGUUUAGACUCAGCAAAUGUACCGAAUCAAUGCUUUGACGCGUGCAAUAGCGCUGCUCUUGAAGCCCAGGCCACGAACAACAUUGAUAUUAUCUGCGCGCCAAACUCCGUGUUCCUAGAUCUACGUUACCACUGCACGACCUGCCUUGAGCGCUUCAUCGCAGCCGACAAUGGCACAGCCUCACAACAGGACUUAGGUCCCACGUUCUAG